GUGAGAUGUGUCUCGUAUGAACAUAACAUGAAAUGUAAUGAAAGCUACACUCGCUGGCUGGCUGGCUGACGAUGGUGAGUCGGUCGACAGCUGGCAUCCCCCACCAUCCCAUCCACCAUCCACCACCUGUACAUCAUCUGCACACCGUCUGAUCUCCUCAAUUGUCCGUCUGCACGUGGGCUACGAUGGUCUUCUCGGGCUCACUGCGGCAGGAAGGGCAUCUCAUCACCGCAUACCGACGCACCUCCUCAGGCACCGGCUGGCCCGCCCCCUCCAGCCGCUCCUUCUCGGCCUUGGCCCUCUCGUGUCUGCCCUUCCACUGCUGCCAGCAAUCGGCACACAGGCACAGGUGGCCACAGGGAUAGAACAGCACUGUGGGCGGGCUGUCGUUGCAGAUCCCGCAGAUGGGACGGGGAGGGGGCGGCGGUGCCGCAGCAGCAGAGGCGGCCGCUGCUUCCCUGUCCUCCAGCCGACCCUCCAUCUUGCUGGCCUCUCUCGCCAGUGCCCGCAGUGCCUCCCUGGCCUUGGUGAUGUCGCGCUUGAAGGCCUCCACAUCUUCAGGGGAGCGGAGGGAUGACAGCCGGUGCUCCGUGAGGCUGCACACACGCAACAAGGAGGCCUUGGCGGCGAAGUUUGUGUGCGUGUCUGUCUACCCACCCUGUGAGUGCUCUCUGUAGCAGGCGGUCAUGUUGCUGUUGGAGUGUUUGCGUCUUCGCCUCGACUGCCGCAGUCGCCUCCGUCACCGUCGAGAUGUCCGCCUCCAGCCUACAGGAGAGCCAAGGGGCAGUAUGAACACACUCAAUUGCUCGUUAGUACGUGUGUGUGCUCACUGUCGCAGCUUGGCCUUAGUGCUCUGCAGUAUUUCGCGCAGCUGCCCCUCCGAUGACACCGAAUCGACCUCGCCAGCUAUCUCGUCAUGACGCGAGGACCUGAGUGGGUGCCGAUCAAUCACUUCUGUGUGUGUGUGUGUGUGUGUGUGGCGUCGUUACUCACCUUUGAAUGCGAUCGUUGUGGGACGGCAGACGGCCAAAGAGGGACCCGUUGCCGUGGCCGGCACGUGUGUCGCUGCUGCUGCUGCGGGAGAUCUCGCACGCACAACAGUAGAGCUGGUCGAGCCGCUCGCCUUCGCGCGUGACCCUCUCGCCGAACUCACAGACCUCCGCUGCCGUCGUCAGGGCUUUCAACGCAUCGCGAGUCAACCUGAUGCACAACAGCAAUCAGUAAAGAUGAUUCAGAGCGCUUCAUUUCCAUCUUUGUACGUGUCUGGCUGCUCUUGCGUGGCUUCUGUGAGUGCCCCUAUGGCCGCGUUGAGCUCGUUGGUCCGUUCCAUGAUGGUCGAGUGCCGGUCGAGCGCCUCGCCAUAAGCACGCUCCAUGCUGCAAAUGGGUGACAUGGACACACACAUGACGCAGCUUACCGUCCGCCAAUCCAUCCCUCGAUCCUUUGCUGACCUCUGCUGCUCCUCUAUAGCCCUGCACACCGCAUCCCUCAGAGGCCCGAGCGACGCCGCUGCUGCUGCUGCGGGUGCGCCACUGGCGUAGCCGCCCGACGUCAUCGAUGAAGAGGGCGGCAUGGAUGGCGGGCGCACCAUGGCAGCGGUGGUGGCGUCGUGCAGCGAUGCAGCGAUGGCCAUCUGGGUCUGCGCCUCAUGCUCCUCCUCAUCCCCACUGCACACCCAACCCGCAAAUGACACAUCUGCCGUGGUGCAGAUGCCUGUCUGGGGCACGCAGCGGACCUGUCGUCUCCAUCUUGCUGUGGUGGUUGUUCCUUGUCGGCUGCCAGGGUGAGUGCCGGCCCAGCUCCGACCGAUGCGGCCACCGGGCCACUGACCGAAGCCGAAUGGGCAGCGAGACCAUGGCCCUCUCGCAACACGGCCCCCAGGCCACUGCCGGCCUGCCCAGCCGUGUCGCUGCCGUCGCCCUGCAGAGGUUUGGUGGGGGGCCGGAGAGGCUCAGCACCGGACGAACGAGAAGAGGGCCGCGUCGUGUCUGCAGAGUCGGACAUGGGCCUGCACAUAGAGAGGAUGCAGCACGUAUUAGCGAGGGGUGACAGCUUGGCUGUGUUGUGUUGUGUGUGCUGACCUCUCCUGCCGUGUGGCUAUGUGAUCGCCGUCAGCACCAGCGUCCUCUACGUCGCCACCACCGUCAUCAUGAUGCUCUACGCCGUCCUCAGCCACCGACUCAACAGACCUGCGAGAGCCAAUGGACGACACACAGGGACCGACCGACAUGUGCUGUGGGUAGUCUUCUAUCUAUCUCAUCAUUUACUGCGAUGUAGUGCCAGCAGUCCCUGUGCCGCCCCUGCCCCUCCUAUGUUUCUUGUUUCUGUUCUUCCUCUUGCCCUUCGCCUGCGUCUCGUCCUCCCCUUGUCGACCGCCAGCACGACCGUCCUCCAGCCCAGCCAUCAGCCGAUCCGCCCUGGCGUUCUCGCGCUCCUCCAUGCUGUCAAACAGAUCCAGCAACUGAAGGGGAACAAAUCAGGUCAUGCACACAGGUGACCCAAGCAGAUGUCGCCUUUGCCGCUGCGGCGUGUAGCAUGCUUACCGUCUGCGGCGUGGCUGCGUAUUGGGUGCUCUUUCUGCCUUUCGUGGGCCUGGCCUGGCGCAUGUUCUUGACCUGCUCGAGCUGGGAGGACACGUGUACAAGAUUGCCAGCAAGGAGGGAGGCAUCAAGCACCCACACACCAACCCACCUGAAGGACGUCAUGUGUGACGGUGUUUGGCCCUCCCGACACGGCGCGCUCUCCCCACUCGACCAUGUUCAUCAUCGCGGUCUUGAACCAGGCAAAGAACCUCUCGACGCAGAAUCUUGGCGCCUCGCCGAGGUGGUGUCUCACGACGCGGGUCACCAGGUGGCACAUGAAGCGCGGAACACCACCGUCAACGGCUACCUGGGAUACACAGGAUGGAUGAAGUCAUCGAUCGGCUGCACUCACUCGUGGUGGUGAUUCACCUACCUUGGCGUAGUUGGCGUCUUCCAGCGACCCAACGAUGCUGGGCAGCAGGUCAAUGGCCAUGAUGUGCCCAUCCAGGUUGACGAUGGUGCUGAUGCAUCCCGACUCAAACACCGCGGUGCGAUGGCCGAUGUCUGCAUCCCAAGAAACAAGAGCAAACCUGCACACGAGUGGGAAGCUUUUUCCAUACCGCCCACUCACCUGAGAAAGUCGCCGCCACUUCGAGUGCACACCAGGAGGCAUUGUCUCUGCCAACGUCCUGCUUGGUAUUCGGGUCAACCAAUAUCGCCUGCGAUGGCCCCUUCCUGAUGACCUUGUUCAAACGCUUCAGUGCCGAAGGGUUGGCGUGGAAAGUCUGCACCGGCCCGUCAGCGAUGGAUGCGACCUGGCGGGCGGCCCCCUCCACACCUGCACGACACAGACGCAGCACGGAACAGAGGAAAAGAUAGAUAUCUAUCUGUCCAUUUGUAUUGCGGCCUGCCCUCCGAACCCUUCGACUUUACGAAGAGGAGCUGGCCAAAGCGGAAGAUAUAGCCGCAGAGGACAGCGGCGGCAAAGCGGUGGUCUUGCGAGGCAUCUCGGGAGGUCAAGACGGUCACCAGGUGAUCGGUAUGACAGAAGAUGUGAUCACGGAUGGCCUGGAGGUGCUCGUCGCGAACCUCACUGGCACCUGACAGAUGGAGAACCACACGAACACGUACGUCAGUCCUCCUACCCACCCAACCAUCGAAUUUGUGGUCGGCUCCACUGACCUGCGCCCGCCAGUUUGACGUCCUGGUGAACUGUCGCUAAGAGAUUCGUUGAGAAGUAGCGUAGCUCCUGCUCUUCCAUCGCCGACUUGACCACUGCACCAAACAGCGGCAUCCACACUGUGGGGCUCGGGGUUGGCGUCUUGAGGCCAUCAUGCGGUCGGAUCAUCAUGUACAUGAAGGUACUCGCGUCGUCGUCCCUAAGGAUGGAGAUCGCCCUGCUGACCGCCCUCGGAUGCUGCUCGAUCAGUCCGUUGCGCAGCCGCCCCACAGCCUGAUGCCCUGUCUGCUCCGGGACCGACGCACUCGUAUCCGCCACCACCUGCAGCGCCUGCCAGAGGAUCCGGAAGCAUGUCGCUGCCGUCCUGUUGGAUAGCGUGUCGUUGCCCGUCACAAUACGAGCAAUGCGGUUGCAGAGGGUGGCAGCAGAGCCGACGGCUGCAACGAGCUUGAGGGUCGCCAUGAGGAGAGAGGUGUCAUUAGGGAAGGAGGACUUGUGCAGUAGGGCGUCGAGGACAACCUCGGCGUCAUGGUGGCGUGUUGCGUGACUCACAUCCUCAAAGGCAGCGAGCAGCAGUCGCAGGAAUGGCUGAUGGCCCAGAAGUUUUGUAGCCCAAGCAUCAUGCGCGGUGUGGCAAGCUUGUUGCGCACGAGGGAGAGCGUAGUAGCUGCAGCAACAAACCCCCCGCGCAUAGUCCGCCAGCACCUCCAAGGUGCGAUCAAACGAAUCCGCAUUGUCGAGGUCCAGUCCUGCCAGCAGGUCUUCCACGCUGCCCAGCACGCUACCGAGGGCCUCUGUCGGGCUGGCUGGUGUAGAGGAAGGUGCGCUCGCCAUGCCUGCACAAGCCGCUGAGGGCCGCUGCGAGAUGGAUGAGUUGUGAUGGCUUGUUAACCCAUGGAUGGCUCAACCGUCUUCAACAGAGGAUGGAAGGCUCUCCUCUCAUCCCCAUCCCUUCUGCCGCUC